AUGAAGGUCUGCAUGCUUGCCCUGCUGGUUGUUCUGCUUCUCUGGUCUUUCUCCGCUGAGGCUCUGCCGGUGACUCCAUUCUUUACCAACCUACCGGCAAAGACAAUUCAAAAUAAAGGCACUCCCCCAAAGAUGGCAACUUCAAAAAUGCUCACACCAAAGGGAACCCCACCCAAAACUUUGAUGAACACCAAAUUUGUUACACCAAAAGACAGAGGCGUAAAAUACACAAAAAGUAAAGGAAAGAAAUUCAUAGUUGUCGUUGGAAUGCGUGUCUCCCCCGAACUUCUGCUUGAAAGUUGUGUGCCAUACGCUGAAAAGUUCAAACGUAAGAAAAUGCGACGAGAAAAAUUUUUUAAAAUCGUUGUGGUGAAGAAUCAGGGGGAGUUUUAA